CACGUCACUUCCUUCAUCUGCAUUCGCGGCUCUAGCUGUGUGUUUGCUACGCUAUUCGUCUGCAUGAUUUACUAAAUAUGUCCGAUUUAAACACUUUUAUAAAUGAAUUCACACUCAUUGUGAACAACCUGGCCAAGACGGUGAUCGCGGAGGCUGACAAAGUCUCGUUGAAUCCACAAAAUCCCGAAACAGAGCUGGACAUAAAUCUGUCUCCAUGAACCCGUCAGGGGACAGUGAGUGCUCUGCCUCCUCGCCUCCCCCACAGGCAGAUGUCCCGGACCACAAGUACGCUCGGUCGUCCUCUCAGCUGCCCAGCGGCGCCUCAUCGGUGGGGGGCGGGGCCUCCGCAACACACAGCAGGAAACAGCGGCGUAAGCCAAGCCAAGUUGUGACUGUGGGGACAACGAGCAGUCCUGUCCCAGGACAGCGUAGGGACGAAGAGGCGACAGACGGCUACCGGCAGUGUUCGCGGUGUGAGAAGCUGUUUCCAAACGCAGAGCGACUGUCUGACCACGAGAGGAAGUCUCACCCCGUGUGCUCGGUCUGCGGGGCGGCUUUCACGGGACACCAGAGACUGCGCGAACACGUGACGACGGAGCACGGCCUGCUGCCGUACGGCUGCAGCUUCUGCCCCAAGAGGUUCGACCACAACGCUCACCGCAACCUGCACGUGAAGACGCGGCACACGGGGGAGAAAAGCUGCCGCUGCGACCUCUGCGGGAAGGCGUACUCGUGCGUCAGCCUGAUGAAGACCCACAGGCUGACGCACGCGGAGAAGACCUUCAUCUGCGACGUCUGCGGGAAGAGGUUCUUCCACGCAGGCCACCUGACGCGCCACAAAGCAGCGCACCAGGAACUGCGGCGGCACCGCUGCAACGUCUGCGGGAAGGGCUUCACGCAGGCCGGCAAUCUGCUGCGUCACCAGCUGGUGCACCGGGACGUCCUGCCGUACCGGUGCACGAUCUGCGGGAAGGGCUUCACGCAGGCCGCCGGCCUGUGCAUGCACCAGGCUUCGCACAACGGAGAGAGGCAGCUCUGCUCCGUCUGCGGGAAGAGCUACCGCUGCCUGAAGAACCACGUCAUCUGCAAACACUCUCAGGAUCUCCCCGCCGACGAGCUGCCAAACGGAGACGCCAUCAUAACCUGCGAGCUUUGCGGCAAGAAGUUCCCCCACCUGUCGCAGUUCAGAGUGCACCAGCGCAGCCACACGGGGGAGAAACCCUUCGGCUGCGCCGCGUGCGGGAAGACUUACGCCAUGAAGCAGCAGCUGAGGGACCACAUGUACACGCACAGCGGCGAGAAGCCGUUCCGCUGCUCGCUCUGCGGCAAAAGCUUCCACCUGCGCGCCAGCUUCAGCCGCCACCGCAGCAUCCACAGCGGAGAGACACCGUUCGGCUGCUCGCUCUGCGGGAAGCACUUCCGCCUGCAGUCCUUCCUGAAGGCUCACCUGCAGACCAAAGCUCACCUGAAGCAGACGCAGAGCGCCACCGCUCACCUCUGACCUCGCAGUUACGCUGCACGGGCUAAAAUAGGGCUGGGACGAUAUGCCUUUCCGAAGCUUCAUUUGGCCAUCGCUACUAACUGACAUUAGUUAUAGUACAUGUUUCAGUAACAUAUCAAGCUAACAAUGAAGAAACUAAAAAGUUGAAAUGUAUUCAUUUUAAUUUAUUCAUCUCUGCUCAGCAUCUCAAAAUAAUCUGUUAUAAUCUUAAAAUAUUGACUUACAUCAAAACUACACAGACAUUAAACACUAAAACAAUCCCAACAAUGUAAAUGGAUUGACAGAACAGAACAAUAAUAAUGUUUCAUCUAAACAUCCAUACUUACAUGUAUAAACAUCAGUAUGAAACCGGCAAGUUAACUCGGAAAUACGGAAGCAAGUAAACCUUCUUAUAAGAGACUUACGAGUAAAUGAUAGUGAAGUAAGUGGUCAAUUCUACUCAUGUGCUUUUUUUUUUUAACGUGCCUUUGUUGUGACCUUUUUAUUGAUUGAUUUGAGUUUAUUUCAUUUGUCUUUAUGAAGUUUUAGACCACUUCUCUCUAGUUGCCCCUCCUAUUGAGUGUGGCUGUAAUUCCUGUCACUUUUUAGUAUCGCCUCCAUUUGUAUAUUCUCUUUUAUUUCUGAUUAUUUUUAGAUUGCAUUAGGAUUACUUUUAGCUUUUUGAAACCUUUUGUUGGGUUUCAUUCAGCUGUCUCCUUUAUCGCUGCAAUCAGUUUACUACCCUUUAUAUUAACAACCAUUAUUCUGUUUAUAUUCAUUCUAUAUAUAAUAGAUGGGCCACAUUAACAUUUUGGAAGUGAAUAGUUGUUUACUAUUAUUAUCACCACCCUAAAACUACAGACUCUAUCAGACCUGUUUUGUCACACAGACCUGUGUGUGGGGGUGUGUGUCGGUGCAUCAGAGAACGACAGCUUUCCUCUGUUCCAGUCCAGAGUCACUCUGAUCCUCUGGAGCUGCUUCUCAAACAGGAGAUCUGGAUCUGAUGGAGACCACACUGAGUAUUCACCUUCAGAGAAAUGUAUUGUCAAUAAUCCACACCGUAUGCUUCCAUUCCUCUGGACAGACUCUGCUAACACACACAGUUCCCAAUCUGUACUGUCUCCAACCUCGAUAUCCCAGCUGUGAGUCCUCUGAGUUAAAGCCCUCAGAGCCCAGGACAGAAGAGAUAAUCAAUCCUCUCUGGAUUAUCAGGAAGCUGCUGUUUCUCUCCCCAUGUUACACUGGUCAGAUCUUCAGACAGGUUCAGAUGAGCAGUGUUUGGGUCCAGAACCAGAGGAGUGUAGAAGACCAUGUCCUUCAUCUUGUUCCAGAUGUUGAAGCUCAGGUUGCCCAGGUGUUUGGCCUCGUCUAUCAGAGCUCCUGAGAGCAGCUGUGAAUCAUCCAGCAGGGGGCUCUGCUGGACUCUUUCCACUGCAGCCUUGUAGUUGAUCAUGUCCUUCAUCUUGUUCUGGCCUUGAAGAUCUCUUACGAACUGGACACGCCUGUGUCUGUUUCUCUGCCCAACAGCUCUUCAAACAGUCUCUACAGAAGCUGUGGCUGCAUGACAGAAGAACAGGAUCUCUGAAGAUUUCAUGACUUCUCCUUAAGGGCUCCAGAGUUUCCUGAAGUUCCUUCUUGUGUUGUCUUGCAGCUUCAUUGAUGGGUCUGAUUAUGUGGUGGAAGUGUGUUUCUGAAUGUAGACAGACGACACACACUGGCUGCUGAUGGUCCAGACAGAAGAGUUUGAGUUUCUCCGAGUGCAGACUGCAGAGAGCCUCUGAAGCUCUCUGAUCUCUCUGCUGUAAGAAACUCUCACACAGCUUCUUUAAGUCCAGGUUACGAGGUGGUUCUGGCUUUGAAGAUCUUGUCUUCCUUCCUCUGGACAGACUCUGCUAACACAUCCAGUACCCAGUCUGUACUUUCUCCAACCUCAACAUCCCAGCUGUGAGUCCCUGAGUUAAAGCCCUCAGAGCCCAGGACAGAGUAGUAAUAAUAAACCCUCUCUGGAUUAUCAGGAAGCUGCUUUUUCUCUCCCCAUCUCACACUGGUCAGAUCUUCAGACAGGAUGAGUUUUGGAUAAGCAGUGUUUGUCUUCAGCUCUCAGCUGCUCCUCUGUGUCUGAAAGAGCUGCUCUCUCUCUGCUCAGGCAGCUGAUGAGUUUUAUCUUAAAGGGACAGGUCAGAUGUGUUUUUCAGUGUGGAUAUUUGAGCUACUUCUCCAUAGUCAGAAGCUGUGUUUCAACAUGCCCUACUUCACUUCCCCUCCGCCCUUGGUACGGAGCAGAGGAAAAGUGGGCGGGGGAUUGAAAUGGAACGCACCCUUUGUUCACUUUCAGCCCAAACUAUAAGGAUCGACUGUCAGUUGUAGGCCCAUAGCGCUACUGCUGUUUUAUUUUCCGAUCUUAUUUCCAUUAAUUAUUGCCUUCUAUCCCCGUUUUCAUGUUCAUUCUAUGUCUGCUUAUGUCAUGCUAUUUCCUUAUUGUACAGUAGCGCUAUUUCUUGUAUAAAAGGCACCAUUCAAAUUUCAUAUAAAGUAUCAGUGUUUUUUCCACAUCAUUAAUACCUGCACUCACUUAAAUAUUGGUAAUCAAUUGCAUGGGUCUCUGAUUUAUAAAGUUUGUGAUCUGUAUCGUGAUUAAUCAUAUUGAUUUUUAUCUUGCAAAAACAAUGUGUCUUUAAUGCAUCUACAGACGAUGUUGGAAAUAAAGAAAUGACACAUACAACUU